AUGGACAGGGUCUUGGAAUCUGUGAAGCAGAUAGUCUUCAGAGUACUACCCCACACAGACGCAGACAGUGUCUUCAAGGACUUGAAUGUGGUGGGGAUGCUGCAUGAGUUCUGGGAGCAGAAGCAAGCGGGAGGAUCGCGGUGUGGCACUGAGAGCCUGGUGGUAUACGAGUCUGCGCCCUCCCCCAGCCCACCCUUCGUGUGCUACGUCACGCUGCCAGGGGGCAGCUGCUUUGGGAACUUCCAGGACUGUCUCUCUAAGGCAGAUGGCAGGCGCGCUGCAGCACGGGUAGCGCUCAUGAACUCUGUGUUUAACGAGCUGCCUUCUCGCAGGAUAACACAGGAAUUCAUCAGCCACAGUGUCCAGGAAGCAGCCUCCACAGCCAGUGGCUGUGUGGGUGAUGCCAAGGAUCCUUGUACAAGCAUUGGGGCCUAUUGCUACAUGCUGCAGUCAAACCUGGGCAAAACCAUGCUGGAAUUUCAGGAACUAAUGACAGUCUUUCAGUUAUUACACUGGAACGGGAGCCUAAAGAUAUUCAGGGAGAGAAAAUGUUCCCGUCAGGAAGUCGUUUCCUAUUAUUCACAGCACCGCUUGGACGAGUGCUUCCGCAGCCACAUGGCACUGGACUGGAUCUCGAAGGAGCAGGAGACCCCAGGGAUCCUCUCCCAGGAGCUGCAGGUGGCCCUGAGGGAGCUGGAGGAAGCCAGGAGAGCAGGCAGGGAGCUACGCUUCUACAAGGAGAAGAGAGAGAUCCUGAGCCUGGCUCUCAGUCAAAGGCACAGCGAAGGAGCGAGUGCACAGUAAGUGUCAGGAGCCAGCCCCAGCACAGCACCCUGAAGCUCACAGCAGAGUGCUGCACUUUUGCCAAGUCAAUAGUGCAGCACUGUUCUGCCUCUCCACCCCCUUGCAGUGUCUUCCGUAGAGACUAAUUUGGUGAGCAAAUAUUGAGAGAUCAUUCAAAGCUAUAGAGACCAAGCUUUUAAUACAGAAGGUUUCUGGAAACAUGUUUCUGAUUUUGAAUCAACACAUCCCCGAUAUGCGACGAUGGAGGAAAGCAUUAAUGUAGGCUUGGAGUGUUGCUUCUGUGAUAAUAUGAUGUGCUAUACUGUACAGACAUAGUCUGUCACACUCACACAAUAUCCCGAUUGGCUAAACACAAAAUUGUGUCUGGAAAUGUGUUAAAUAUAAAGAACAGUGGAAACGAGGACACAUCCAGCAUGCAAUACGUUGUUUCCUGAACAUGUUUUAUUGCAGUCCUCACACACAUUGAAUGUUGCAUUGGCUGGGUCCAGAACAAAUGGCCUGGAGUGAGACAAUGACAUUAAAAUCUGUGCAUUAGGGCAAGCUUUCCUUUAGCCUUGGUUCUGGGCUUUCGUAGGAGGGUUUUUCUAAUGAUACAAGACCUCUCUGGCAGAAAUGCUGCAUCGUCAAGUCAUCUCCAUGAUGCAAGUCCUCCUCAAGAUGAAUGGUGGCUCUUGUAAGCUGUAAUUGCAGUAGCGAGUCUAAGUCUCUGCUAAUGCACCCUCCAUGUCCUGUGGUGGUUAUCUUAAAAUCGCGUUGUUCAUCCAUUUGUUUCCCCGCCUUGCUAAGUUUAAUUUCUCUGCAGCAAACGCUUUUCCCACAACAGCAGUGAGAAGUGGCCUGCUGAAUUUAUAACCCAGCUGUAUUCAUACUGUGCAUAUCGAAUGCUGUCAUAAUACCCCGGUUUUAUAUGGUAGUUAUAAACCACAAUGAGGCUGUAAUACAAAUAUUUUAAUAAUACAUACUUCUAAAGUUCUAAAAUCAAUACAGCAUGUUUUCUGAAAUGUUUAGCACUCCAUUGCAGAUCAGACAGCCUGUCCUGAUAUGUCUGACCCAAUUGGCAAACCCCUCUCAUUAAUUAAAAAAACUACACAUCAAAAUGAACACAUGCUUGGAUUCAACAAAACAUUAAUGAAAUCAAUAAUCAGUCACUUAACUCAUUAACAAGUGCUCUUUUUUGCAAUGCUUUAUUUUGCAUGGUAUAAAUACGUAUUUAAGUGACUAUUUAUUAAAAUACAACUGAAUUUAACCAUAAGACAAAAUAAAGCGUUACCAAAAAAAAAAAAAAAAAAACAUACAGCAGCUGCCUUUCCAGCCUGUGAUCUGUGGCUUGCUGCAGUCUAAUCAUGUGGGAGUCUUGUAAUCUGGUGACUCACAGGAGACACGGCGAUUGGAAGAGAAUUCUUGGGUGUUCUAAAAGUGACUCUUUUCUCAGCAGUUUUGUCUGUCUCCUUACAGUUACAUGAUUGCAUAACUUCCUUGUGAUGCCAUCAAACAGGAAAUCAGAUGCAAUAUCUCUUUUGGUUUGCUUUUUCCUUGUGCAAAGAAAAGACAAAAUAAAAUAAAAAUGGAACAAUCUGUACAACCGGCAUAUUAGCAACUUAAGCAUGACACACUUGUAAAUUCAUUUUUUCUAAAUAAAAGACUGUCUAACUGGCUGUGUUGUUUUUAGUACUUGUUUCCUAAACAACACAUUUGCCCAGUGUUGAAGAAAUACAGAAUAGCAGUGUUGUCCU